GUCAAAAAAAUAAAUUUAAGAAAAGAACUUUUCCGUUUCUCGAUUAAUUGGGUGCUGUCACAGGAAAUAAAAUGGUGGCAGAUGUGGACAGAUGGAUAGAUAUAGCCCGGGAUUGUAAAUACUUACCUGAAAAUGAAAUGAAGAAACUUUGUGAACUGGUUUGUGGCUUGUUGCUUGAAGAGUCUAAUGUACAUUAUGUUUCUACUCCUGUUACUGUCUGUGGAGAUAUUCAUGGCCAAUUUUACGAUCUAGAACAGCUCUUCCGUACUGGUGGGCAAGUACCAGAUACAAACUAUGUUUUCUUAGGGGAUUUCGUUGACAGGGGAUACUACAGUUUGGAAACCCUGACUCGGUUGUUGACAUUAAAAGCAAAGUACCCAAACAGAAUCACACUGUUGAGGGGAAACCAUGAAUCCAGACAAAUCACUCAAGUCUAUGGCUUUUAUGAUGAGUGUCAAAACAAAUAUGGCAAUGCAAAUGCAUGGAGAUAUUGUUGCCAGUUAUUUGAUUUACUCACUGUGGCUGCGUUAAUUGAUGGUGAAGUGCUAUGUGUGCAUGGUGGUCUUUCCCCCUCCAUUCGGACGCUCGACCAAAUCCGCACAAUUGAGAGGAAUCAGGAGAUCCCGCACAAAGGAGCGUUUUGUGACCUUGUGUGGUCUGAUCCUGAGGACGUUGAAACCUGGACAAUUAGCCCCCGAGGUGCCGGCUGGCUUUUCGGCGCCAGGGUUACCCAUGAAUUCAUGCAUCUCAACGGACUAGAACUGAUUUGCCGUGCUCACCAGUUGGUUCACGAAGGAUACAAAUUCAUGUUCGACGACAAGCUGGUGACAGUGUGGUCAGCGCCAAACUAUUGCUACCGCUGUGGUAACGUGGCUGGUAUUUUAGCAUUGAAUGAAGACAAGUCCCGCAAGCCUAAGCUAUUCGAUGCUGUUCCCGAUAGUGAGCGUGUUAUCCCACCUUACACAACGACGCCCUACUUCCUGUGAGUUUUAAAAAGAUAGCCCGAAAUUUUCUCCAACUGCUCUGCGUUCUUUGAUAAAAAAAUAAACAUAUGUAAAAUCAGUUCAAUCCUCCAUAAGUCAAUAAAUGCUUUUAUGCUGA